CCAACCGACUGGAAGUAUAAUCCUCCCUUUUGAUUUAGCCAUGUACUUGCUGGUGGUUAUUGCAACGUGGUUGAUCGUGACAUCCGAUGGUUACACAUUUCAAAAACCAGUUAGGCCAGCCGUCGUGCAUUACCCUAUGGCUUCACAUCCUCAUUUGAAUACCGGUGGACAUCAAUCCUGGGUUUCCAGCGGUGUCAACGCACAUCCCGUGGCUGGAACACGUCGUCAAUACACGCCAAGACAACCAACUCAUCAAACACCAGGUGCCAGAUCUUAUUUUCCGAAGCCGUCGUACGUUCCAGUCCCGACGAGCGUCCCACAAGCCCAGCAUGGAACUCAAGGAACCAUCAACGCCAAACUUCCUUUUGCACCUAAAAUCAGUUCCAUGAUCAAAUCAAUGCCAUCGAAACAACAUGAAAAACCUGCAGCCGCUACGUCCUAUCCGGCCGGUCCAGCAACAGAAAGCCGUGUCCCGGUAUAUAGUCCAGCAUACAACCCAGCGCUAAAACCCGUUCCAGCAAAGGCAUCAAAUGGACCGAGUACAAGCAGUUUGAUUACAACUGUGCCACCACAGCGAUGGAUCCCUUCAUAUGGCGUUGGUAAUACUAAGACAGCCAGAUACCCACCCUACCCAACUGGGUCUUCAGCGGCUGCCGGAGGUUAUCAAGAACAACGGGCAAAACAACCGACUGGGCAUGUAUCCUCCAUGAAAAAUGAAAAACAAGUGUCCAAUGAAGGUGCACUCGACAUGCCGUUACAAACUGCUGUCUUGAUUACGAGAAAACCCAUCCAGGAAGUAAAGGUAAAAACAAAGGACCAAACCCCAGACGUUCCAGCAAUCCUUUCGGAAAUGCAUCCAAAUGUAGCCAACGAUUAUCCGACCCAAACGUUUCGACCUGUGACUGAAACCGUACCAACAAAUCCUAGCAUGUUGCCAACACCAGACGCUCCUAGUUAUCAGAAUCCUUCAGCUCACGUUCCACUUACUUUAUCCGACAACUUGCCUUCAACAUCCGUAACCAACAGCUAUCAGGAAGACGUACCCCAUUUGGCCCUGGAAGAUAAAAGCCUCCCAAUUCAAAUGGAUGCAGUUCAUCAACUUCCUGUAGUACCGACUGAAGUAAAUGCAGUUCACGCUGCGCAAUCUGUUAAUUCGGAAUCUAAUGACGAGUAUGUCUCACAAUCGGUUAACCCAACAACUGACAGUGCCACUGUAAUGAGCGAUGGCAGCUUUGCUGGAGAAAGUCAAGAGGCUAUCUACAAGGCAAACGAUCAACAAUUGAUUCCCGAAGUCCCCCUACAAUCUGCUUACACAACGUCCACUAACUUGCAAUCAAUCGAGGAGAUUGCACCGCAAGUCGCACAAACAAAUGAGGCAAUAAUAUCCGAGCCCAGUUAUUCGCUACAAGAUGCUCAACAACGGCCCGUCGAAGAGCCUUCAACAUCUCACGCAGCUCCAGUGCCUCCCUUCGAUGAUUCUGUAAUUCCUAAGUACGUUUUGGGACCAUAUCCAUCGUUGGUUUUGCCCGAACCUCCAUUGGAAUUGGCUAGCUCAGCUUACGGUGUUGCGCAACUUGGUGUAGAAGAAGCUCAGCCGAUUCUAGCGUCACAACAAUCUGUUGGAAGUUACGGUGUUCCAGCAGUUCGGUUGGACAACACAGACCAUUUCGCGUUACAACAACAAUGGGGUUACUACUCCGCUGAACCUUUUCAAUCGACCUCUUCUAAUACCCUAUCCUCUACCCUGGGAGGCAGCUACCAACAACCAACACAUCCAGCCAAUCAUCCGCAAUCGUCUUAUGGUUUUCAACAACCGCGUACAACUCCGCAUGAAGGUGGCUUUCCAUCUAGCCAGCAAUCAACCACCGGAUCCAACAAUCAUUAUCAAACAUCACAUCAAACUGUGACCGUCGAGGAUUUGAAUCAUUUUCAAGCAGCUGCUAAUCGAUGGAGCUCAUCAAAUGGUGGGAAUGUUUUAGGCCGGCAUCAUUCUGCAAUCAGCGACAAGGUCCCUGUUGCCAUCCUGAGGUCCGAGAAUGUACUCAACGAAGACGGAAGCUUUUCCUACAAUUACGAAACGGAAAAUGGGAUCAAAGUGGAAGCCAGUGGGCACCAAAAGGAAAUCGGAGCUGAUCCGGAAGGUAGGGGCUCUGUUGCAAAGGGAUCAUAUUCCUACACCGCUCCGGAUGGCGUGAAAAUUUCAGUCAGUUGGGUAGCUGAUGAGAAUGGCUUCCAGCCAACUGGGGACCACAUCCCUACACCACCUUCGUUUCCUAUUCAUCACGUGAUUGCGCACCUUUCGGCAAGUGAGAAGACGGGCGAAAACGCAGUUCCUACUGGAUGGGUUCAGCCAGCCUAUUAAAAAACGAAGGAGUUUUGUAGCCUUAAAACAUAUGGAAGCUUAUGAGACAUUAUAACGCUAUGCUCUUUUCAUUCUACAUGCGUGUUUUCACGAGAAAUGUUUAAAUCAUUAUCGUAUCAAAUGACUUUACGUUUUGUUAAAUGCUUUUGAAUUUUAG